GUCUGGGUCACGCUGUCAUUAGUCGUCGGUUCCCCAGCCUUGACAGAAAAACCUAUAAAAUGAAGAUCUGGGCCUCCGAACAUGUUUUUAACCAUCCAUGGGAGACAGUAACCAAAGCGGCAAUGCAGAAGUACCCCAACCCCAUGAACCCCAGUGUAUUUGGUGUUGAUGUUCUGGACAGAAGUGUUGAUUCUGAGGGACGGUUACACAGCACCAGACUGCUCAGCACGGAGUGGGGGCUCCCCGCCAUAGCCAAAUCUAUUAUUGGAGCAACAAGAACGUGCACCUACGUUCAAGAACAUUCAGUAGUGGACCCCAAACAGAAAACCUUUGAGCUGCAAUCAACAAAUAUCUCAUUUACCAACCUUGUAUCUGUGGAUGAGAAGUUGACAUACAAGCCACAUCCACAGGACCCAGAAAAGACGGUGCUGACACAGGAGGCUCUGAUCAGCGUACAGGGAGUCAGUCUUAGCAGCUACCUUGAGAGUCUGAUGGCAAACACCAUGUCUGUUAACGCCAGCAAGGGUCGGGAGGCGAUGGAGUGGGUCAUCAGACGGUUGAACACAGAGAUCGAGGAGCUGGCCGUCACGGCUUGUGGUUCCAUUCGCGUUCCAAUGGCAGCAGCCGUCGCCGAUAAAUGAUCCCGGCUCUCUCCCGUCCGCUUUCUCAUGAACCGACGAACUUCUCAGACAUUUUACCCUUGAAGUGGACCUCUCAUCUCCAUCAGCCAAGACAGCCUAAAAAAAAUCCACAGGCCCGUCCCUUUCUCGUUCGUUAGUCACAAGAUCACGGUUAGUCCUUCCUCAGCAGUCUGCACGGUGGAGUUUCUCCUUGCCUAUGUGGGCGGUGAUGAGCGUUGAGCUGAUGACAGUUUACCAAACAAGGGUUAAUCAGAUUAAACUCGAAGCUCGUGGGAUGUCGUCUUGUGAGGUUAAAGCACUAUUUUUAAAAACAAAUUCACACUGUGCCUACAUAUCCUCUCAGCAACGUAAUCCUUUCCUUCCUGCUCUUUAACAUUUCAGAUUUUCAAAUCAUUUUAGAUAGGUGUAGUACAUUUUCAAUUACAUUUCUAGAUUUUGUUGACGUUUCCUUGAA